CACAUCACACCCACCGCCAUCUUCCCCCAUCCCACCCCUCCUCCCGAUCUCCUCGCCGCCGCCGCCACCUCACGAUCCAAUCUCUCCCCGCCGCCGCCCCGUCCUCCCCUUCCUUUCGCCCUCCACCUCUCCCCUCGCCUCCGCCACCCGACGGCCAUGGCGCGCCUCUUCCUCAUCCCAGAUCAGAUCUAGCGCCCCCAACCGCAUCCAUCCAUCAGAGGCGCUGGAGGCGCACUGUGCGGUUCUACUGGGCGGCGACCCGACGGCGUCCGGCGCAUCACGCACCGAACCAUCUGUGCGGUUAUACUGGGCGGCAACCCGACGGCGUUCAGCGCGCUGCUCACCCGUCGGCCUCCAACGCCGACCAGGCGGCCGCUAAGGCCGAUCACACCGCCUCCGCGCGCUGCGCCUCUACUCGUCGCUCAAGUGGACGGUGGCGCAGGUGCUCAAGUCCUGCCGCUCCUACUCCAGCGGCGUCACCGCCGCCAUCCUCCUCUCCGACCUCUUCCAGGUCUGCCAGAUUUGCCGCCGCCAACGGACUCCCCAUCUCUGAUAACCUUCACCCCGACUGUGCAGCACUGCAGUAUGGCUACGGUGAUUGGCUUGUGCCUCGGGCUUAAGUUGAUGCAAAACCCGCGAGACUACACCACUGGUCGUCGACCUGCCCCACAGCAGGCAGACCCUCGACAUCAUUGUCAUCAUGGCCGGGACGCCAGGCUGGAUACAGGCAUGUGGACACAGCCACGGCCACAGCUCUCUGGCAACCAAGACGGCGACAGCGUCGACGGGAUCCUCGGAUGACCUGCGUCCUUCCCCGACCAUGCCCGCGACCUGCAUCCAGCUGCUCCUGCCCCGGCCCUCAACUUCGCUCAUGGUGAGCUGCUGUAGGAAUAGGUGGUGCCAACAGUGCUGGAUAAGGCAUGAGUGGUUUAGAUCAAGAUCUAAUGUCGUGGAGGUUGCUGCUACUAUAACAGAAGAUCAGAAGAAGCCUGGAGAUGUGCACCAUAGUUUUAGUUGAUGGUGCCUGUGUAUUUGUUUUUUAUUGUAUAUGUACAAUUGUUGGAUUGUGCAGACAUGUACGUGGUGUUGUGAGUUUGUGGAUUUGAUCAUUUAAUUGAGAGAAUUAUUGAUUGUUUGCAUUUGAAA